UGCACUGCUUACUUUUCACAGCUACCAACCUGUCUCCUAUAAUCUUCUGAAACCUGUACCACACUCUGAAGGGGAGACCUGACUGCUGAACCCUAUCAACCAGAGAUGGACACAAGACAAGAAUUUCACUUUUAAAACCUGAUUGUACCCACCCAGCAAAAGACAGGAUAAAAAAAAAAAAUUGGAUAGCAGCUCAGACAUGGUUUCAGUAUCUCAAAAUAGCAGAUGACCAGUUUACUGUACUGACCAUGCUGGCCUUUCUUCGGGACCAUCCUGGACCAGAGCGGAACAGCGGACUCUUACACAAUACACAAUUCCUAGGCAAAAUACAGCUCCUGAAGGCACUCUGCUGGACACAAAAAUGUCCCUUUCUUUACAUUUCUUGAACGGGUCUGGAGAUAGCAACGGAUCUUUGUCGCCUCUCUCAGUAACAGGAGAACCCAAGCAGGACUACCCAAGUGACGAACAAGGAAACAAAGUACGCUGGGCGGCUUUACUGAUCUUCCUGGUGAUAAUCCCCACCAUUGGGGGGAACAUACUGGUCAUACUGGCAGUGUCUCUGGAGAAAAAAUUGCAGUAUGCUACCAACUACUUUUUGAUGUCCUUGGCCGUGGCAGAUUUGCUCGUGGGUCUAUUUGUGAUGCCAAUUGGCCUUCUCUUAGUGUUAUUUGAUAAUGCCUGGCCUUUACCAACUGCCUUGUGUCCUAUCUGGCUGUUCCUUGAUGUCCUGUUUUCCACAGCUUCCAUCAUGCACCUCUGUGCCAUCUCCCUAGACCGCUACAUUGCAAUUAAAAAGCCAAUCCAGGCUAGUCAGUACAAUUCAUGGGCUACAACAAUCAUCAAAAUCACCGUAGUCUGGCUCAUUUCAAUAGGCAUUGCUAUUCCAGUUCCUAUCAGAGGCAUCGAAGACGGAAAUGGCAACUCUAAAAAUAUCACCUGUGUCCUGAUGCCUGAUCGUUUUCAUGACUUCAUUCUGUACGGGUCAGUGGCUGCAUUCUUCAUCCCCCUCACCAUCAUGAUAGUCACUUACUUUCUGACCAUCCAAGUGCUCCGCAAGAAGGCCUACUUGAUCAACAAACCCCCGCAGCGCUUCACUUGGUCAACAGUGUCCACGGUAUUUCAGCGCGACACAACUCCUGCCUCCUCGCCGGAAAAAGUGGCGAUGCUAAACGGCUCCAAAAAGGACAAGGCUUUGUCCAGUGAGGUGCCUAUCUGCAGAACAUCUACCAUAGGGAGGAAGUCCAUGCAAACCAUAACCAAUGAACAAAGGGCAUCAAAAGUUCUGGGGAUUGUAUUCUUUCUUUUCUUGUUGAUGUGGUGCCCCUUCUUCAUCACAAACAUAAGUUCGGUUCUGUGCAACUCCUGCGACAAGGAGGUUUUUCAAAAGCUUAUGGAGAUAUUUGUUUGGAUAGGAUAUGUAUCCUCUGGAGUGAACCCUCUGGUCUAUACACUUUUCAACAAAACAUUCAGGGAGGCUUUCAGCAGGUAUAUGACUUGUAACUAUCGGACCACAAAGCCCAUCAGGGCCCUUCGGAAGCGCUCCAGCAGGAUCUCUUUCAGAAGCUCUGUGGCAGAAAACUCCAAGCUCUUUGUCAUGCAUGGGAUGAGAAAUGGAAUUAACCCCAUUAUGUACCAGAGCCCAAUGAGGCUGAGGAGCUCACCCAUUCAAGCAUCAUCAGCCAUUCUGCUGGACACUUUGCUUCUCACAGAGAAUGAAGUUGAUAAAACAGAAGAACAAGUCAGCUACGUAUAGUGGAACAGCAGCCAUGUCCAUAUCAUAGUUAUUACUGUAUGUAUUAUUCUAGGUAAAUGUGCUAUAAGAGGGUAUAAAUACUAUUGUUUUCUGUUAUUUAUGCAACCAAUAUCUUAUAAAUUUAUAUUAAUUCCUCCCCUCCAAAGCCUCCUCUACUUUAACCCCAAUCCUAUGGUGGCAACCACAACUUCAGUCCAUCAUAAAUGACUAAUGCAGAGCUGUAGCCU